AUGGUUUUGGCGGAAUCAGCAACCUCCCUCCUCUUCAAGCUUUCCCAGAAGAUGUCGCAGAAAGGUUUCUUGGAAGCGCUCCAUCGAUGCUGCAAAUACUCUUGGGACAAGCGACCCUAUGACUUUGUUCAUCUUCCUUGGUCCAAGCUGGCAGUGGUCAACUUCGUGAGCGUAGACGCAUGUACUUCAUGCUUCCAGAUGAUGAAUGCUGUUGCAGGCUAUCCUGGUGUUUGCGUGGCUGGGGUGCGUCGGGCAGCGAAUCAAGGUUUGGAGGCAAACUUGGCCCACUUCUGUGCAAAAUGCAGCCAAUCGAGCACGUAUGAGUACUUGCCGCUCAUUUUCGUGAGCGGCAAAGAAGUCCCCCUUGAUUGGGCAUGCGAACGCUUUGCGCCCCGGUAG